CCUUCGCUUCGUGGAGUGCCGUCAUCGGUCAACUAUGGCACAACCCAACAUCACACAAGCACCACGAGCAACACUACCGUGAGCGCACGGCCUGCACAAGUGCAACACAACCCGCACCCACCACAGCAAUCUCCAAAUCCGCCCCCGAUCCCAUCCAAUCCUCCUCCAGAGUCACGUGUACCUGCAUCAGUUCGAAGCGCUGUUUCUCCUCGACGAGCUACAAAGUCACCAAGACAAUGGCCGCCCGACCGCGGUCUGCCCACUCUUCGAUACUGGCAAAUUGAUCCCGCCUCCCAGUCCAGGAAAGAAAAGGAAAAUGAACCUGUGUCACUGCACGAAAUGGUGGAGGCCACCGACAAUGAAGAUGUGAAACGUACUAGGAAAGGUCGUGCACGUAAAGAUCCUGAAUCAACUCCACAAGUCGCUUAUUCAAAAACAUUUGGAAGGAAGUCUGAACGGAAGGAAAUUUCGGUUGAUGUUGAGAUUAAGGCAACGAAUUCUGAAGCCGUUUCCACCGCUCUCACUAGCAAGCCAGCAAUCAGUAGUGGUAUACACUGGACCGUCAUUCAUGCACCAAAUAGCCCAGAACUGAGAGCGCAGUACCCCAGAGACGAAUCUCCAACAAUCGAGCGCCCGUUGAAAUUGCCUGAAUCCCCAGACCUAGUAGUAACACACCCUAGCCAUGGAAAAAGCUCUCAUGCAGCCCCAUUCGACAAAACCAACACUUUAUUCCCGCCUCAUACAACGGACACUAGCACAUCACCGAUCCCGACCAUUCAGCUGCCACGACGGCGAUCGGGCACGGGAGAACCGUCGGGAAUUCUUCGAGCACUCUCGCCGGUACCCUUCAGGAGAGUUUCACCACCAGUUCUUCCCACAGCGCCGCAUGAGCCACUCCCAGAGCUAGCAGUCGACAUAUCAACACAGGAUCACCACCACCCUACCCUCGUUGGUGCGAACACAACUCCUCGACCAUUCUCUAUCCAGAACCUCUCCCCUUCACCAGUGCCCACCGUUGAGGAGAAACCAAAACGAUCUAAAGUGCUAAAGAAGGUCGACUUUUCUAAAGCCACCGUUAUCCCGGAGCUUUGGCAGAGCACCAGUGAGGUUAUCGAUGAAGAAGAAAUCUCGGCUGACUUAUCUCCAACGGAUUCUCUGCCAUUCACACCUCCGGCAGAUAAGGAGAUGUCAUCGAACGCGACCACACCAUACGACGGCGACGAAUCGGAGACCUACGACAAUAAGAGCGAUAACGCGUCAACUCUGGAAAUGGAGUUGGUAGAUGAGCAAGAGCAGUGGAUUAGGGAAGAGCUGGAAUUGGCGCAGAAGGAGGAACUGGCCAAGUUGGGCAUUCCGUUGCGAACGACCACGGAUUCUGAUAACAAGGAAGAGUGGCGCCAACAGGCAAUGGCACUUCUAAACGACGACACCCAGAUGGAGCGAGAUAUCGCCAUUGUUGCCGCUCUCAAUGAACGUCUCCAAGGUCUCAAGGGCAUGGAAGAGGAAGAUAGGCAGAAGGCUAUAGAUUGCAUUAGACGACAUCAAAAUAACCUGGAAGAGCAGCAGGACCAGCUCAGUGCGCUUCUGGACAGUGCCAUCGCCUUUCUGAAGAAUUUGGACACCUCACCAUCAACCAUGGCUUCCAAGGUACCCUUUCCAGAGCAGGAGUCGCCAACACCUCCGGAGGUGAAAGUCGAUGAUCUUUGUGAUGUGCUUGAAGAGUUAGAGAACACUCCGGGUCGCUUCAAAGGUCCUGGUGAUCUCAUUGCUGAAAAGUUGGAGCGAAUUCGUGCAGAUGAUGGUGAAGUUCCUGAGCCUCCUCUAGAUGUUCCGAUAUCUUUACUUUAUCCGAUUUUAGGUCAAUCGUAUACCCGUUCAACCUUCGAACAGCACACUGAGCAGCGCACGACAACUGGACCAGGAGGUGCACCAGCUGCGGCUGCGAAACCAUUGGAGAGCAGAGGACAUGGCUCCCUUAAUAAUCCUGGCGGUCGAAUCCCGUAUUGCGAAUCUUGCAAACAGCAAAUAAGAGGUGCAUUCGUGUUGGCUACCGGAUUGGCGUGGUGCCCAGAACACUUCGUGUGCGCCUAUCGUGGAUGCGGUCGACGUCUUCUGGAAUGUGGCUUCGUCGAGGAGAGCGGGUCCAAGUACUGUGAGGGAUGCUUCGAGGCACAUAUCGCUCCACGUUGCGCCAAAUGUGCGAAGCCCAUCAUUUCGGUUGGUUUAAAUUUCACUUCACCAUGA